AUGUCCUGGGCUGGCUUUAGAAAAGCAAUCAACAGAGGAGGUACCCAGGUCCUUAUGAGGGCCGGAUACAUAGAUACCACCAUUGAUCCCAAGUAUGAUGGCUACAAACAAACUUACAGGGCCUUGGAAAAAGAGGCUGUCAAACUACAGAAACAUACCAAAGGAUACCUUGAUUGCAUGAGACAAAUCAACACUUCACAGUCCAACAUCGUCGAAACCCUUGAUUCUCUCCAUGAUGAUGAACCUUCGGCCACUAUUACCGAAUAUUUGCAAGUAAUUCACACUUUGAGCUCCUCAUUUGCUGUUUUUGAUAAUGCAUAUAGAGAAAGUGUUCAUCAGCCAAUUGUUCAAUUCAAUAACUAUUUCAGGGAUAUCAACCAAGCAAUGUCCGCAAGAAACCAAAAGAAACUUGACUAUGAUAUAAUUAAAAACAAAGUGAAAAGACUAGAAGAUAAAAAGGAAGGCAACUCCCGCCACAUGUUGUACAAGGCUAAUGUUAACAUCGACGAUCAGUUACGCCGAUUUGAAAAAGAGUUGAGCAUGACCCAGUCUGCCUAUGAAACUCUUAACAAUCAAUUGAAAAAUGAAUUGCCGAAAUUAAUCGAGUUAAGAAAGAUUUACAUUGAGACAUCAUUCGAAGCAUUUGUGAAAUUGCAAAUGGACUUUUGUAAUCAAAAUUAUAUUAGUUUGAACGAAAUCCAGAAUGUCAUGGAUAAAGAUUCAAGGCAUGAUUAUGCUACAGGAAAAGUAGGAGAUAAAGUCGACGAUGUUUUGAUAAGAAUGAAUCAAUUGAAUAUUACUUGUAAUAACGCUGCUUUGGCACUUUAA